UGUUCGGCGGCGUUCAGAUGCGAGCCCCGAGACAAUAGAGCCUGUGUUUGUUCUUCCCCGGGAAGUUUGAGGAGGACAGAAAAGGGGCAAAGAAGACGAAGAGAAAGGGGGAGGUCGUCAGUGGAAGGGAUUACGCAUUGUGAGAGGCGCGAGCGCUCGCUCCUGCUAUUGUGGUGGCUGAAUUGCUUUCCAGUAGUACCAGGGUAUUUAGUUAAGCAGAUUGUAAUUCUUCACACCCGGCGAUGAUCUCUCUUGACGGCGGCUCGUGACAAGUGGCUCGGAGGGACGGCAGGAAGGCGCAGACAGAGAUAUGAGCACGCAUACAAAGCACAUUAUAACAAGAUGGGAUGCGGCGCUGCCAGGAUCAUGAGUUACUGGAUUUGCGGGCGAAUGGAGAAUUAGCAGCAGCGGACCGGUCACACCUCCGUCUUCUGUCCUCUAAACAUGGGAAGUGCGGAGGAAAUGCACGGAUGGACCGUAAAAAUGAGUGCGCAGAGCAUUCUGGCCGUAGUCACGGUCUUCUCCAUGAUUCCCGUCGGUGUGCUGAGUGAUAUGAGAGCUGCUCAGGCUCUGGAAGGCCAACAACUGGCCCAGGGAUCCACUCAUCUGCACCGUCGCCUGAAGAGAGGCUGGAUCUGGAAGCAGCUGUUUGUCCCGGAGGAAGAUCCCACUCCUCGCGUUAUUGGCCAGCUCAAAUCGGACUCAGACCGAGGCGAGUCUUCCAUCAAGUACAUAUUAUCGGGAGAAGGAGCCGGAGAUGCGUUUGAGAUAGAUGAGUACACCGGAGAGAUCCGGACGCUGAAGAAGCUCGACCGCGAGGAAAAAGCCUUCUACGUGCUCCAGGCCCAAGCUAUCAACAGGUGGUCCAAUGAGCCGGAGGAGCCCCAGUCGGAGUUCAUCAUCAAGGUUCAAGACAUCAAUGAUAAUGUCCCCCAGUUCCAGAACGAGCCAUAUGUGUCCAGCAUCCCCGAGAUGUGUCCAAUUGGGACCACAGUGGCCCAGGUGACAGCCACAGAUGCUGAUGAUCCCGUGUUCGGAAACAACGCCAAGCUCAUCUACUCCAUCCUGCAGGGGGAGCCCUACUUCUCCGUGCAGCCAAAGACGGGGAUCGUUGUAACAUCUUGGCCGAACAUGGACCGCGAAGCCAGGGAGCAGUACCUGGUGGUGGUGCAGGUGAAGGAUAUGCUGGGCCUCAGCGGCGGUUACUCCUCCUCCACCACAGUUACCGUCAGCCUGACUGAUGUCAACGACAACGGACCCACGUUCCAGCACCACCAGUACACAUUUGCUGUCCCUGAAAAUGCAGCCGUUGGAACCACAGUGGGCAGAAUUAUGGCAGAGGAUGGCGACAUAGGCAUCAAUGCCAGAAUGACCUACAGCCUGGAGGACCUGGAAGAAAGCUCUACUUUUAUCAUCAAAACAGACCCAGAGACUCAGGAGGGAGUGAUCCUGCUGGCCAAGCCUUUGGACUAUGAAACCAAGAGGCGAUUUGUCAUGGAUGCAGAGUCGGUCAACGACCACGUGGACACUCGUUUUCUGCCUCUGGAGGAGUUCAGCGACAGGACGAAGCUGAAGAUCGUGGUGGAGGACGUGGACGAGCCGCCCGUCUUCCUCUCGCCGGCGUACGAGUGGAAGGUUCCCGAAAACGCGGCGGUGGGAACUGUGCUUGCCAGCGUCAGCGCCAGAGACACUGACACAGUCAACAAUCCCAUCAGAUAUUCAAUUGACAAAAGGAGCGACGCCACAAAAGCUUUCAAAAUAGACCCAAACAAUGGAACUGUAACUGUCGCUAAAGCUUUGGACCGGGAGGCUGCCAACUGGCACAAUGUGACUAUUGAAGCCAAGGAAAUGACGCAGAACCAUUUAUCCUCCUCUGUGGUGGUGUUCAUCAAAGUGCUGGACAUAAACGACAAUGUGCCAAGGCUUGCAAGAGAUUACCAGCCAUAUAUCUGUGAGGGGACGCAGGCUGGAGAACUAGUUCAGCUGCUCAGUGCCGUUGAUCCAGACGACCCUGUGGAGGGACACCACUUCUACUUCUCUAUGGUCUCCGAAAGGCACAUCAAUCCAAACUUCACCAUCAGAGAUAAUCAAGACAACACGGGCAGCAUCGUGGCGCGCAGGAGCACUUUCACGCGCAAGGAUCGGACCCAGUACCUCCUGCCCGUGGUGGUGGCAGACAGCGGCUCGCCGGCCCUCACCAGCACCAGCACUUUGACCAUCAGCGUGUGCAGCUGUCAGCCUGCGGGCCAUUGUCCCACCGGAGGGGUGGAGGCCCUCGCUCUGUCCAUGGGGGUCAGCCUGCAAACCUUGUUAGGGAUUCUGGUCUGUCUUGUGACUUUCACAGCGCUGUCGGUUCUAAUGCUGAUGGUGAGGAGACACAGGCGGAAGCAGCAGGAGGGGCUGGAGGUGGAGGUGGAGGUGAAGGAGCUGGAGCUGCCCGAGACCGUGUCGCAGAAGGUGCUUUAUUACGGAGGCGCGGGAGGCGGGGCGGCGGACCUGGACUUCUGCCAGCCCGUCGUGCCGCUGCGCCCCCACCCCAGGAGGAGGGAGCGGAGGCUGCGCAGGGAGGACGUCAGGGCCAGCAUACGGAUGUCCCUCCGGGAGUCACACCUCAUUGGGCCGGAGGACGAGGUCUUCAGGCAGUUCAUCCUGGACAGGCUGGCGGAGGCUGACCGGGAUCCUUACGCCCCCCCGUUUGAUUGCCUCCGAACGUACGCGUACGAAGGGUCAGGGUCUCCCACAGGGUCUCUGAGCUCGUUGGAGUCUUUGACACUGGAGGCCGAACCCGAGCAGCCUCCUUGUAACCCCAAACCUUAUUUAGUGAGGCUCACCCCUUGGUACGGCGGAGGAGAGGAGGACACAAUUUUCUAAAGGACAUUUCCGCCUGUUUUUCCUUACCUUCGGACCGAGCUAGGCUUUAGCUUAUGCUAAGCUAACGGGUUGCUGGAUGUAACUUCAUGUCGACAGUAUGGACAGCUAAUGCUGGCGAGCUUUGAGUAAAGGGAAUUUUUGUUUGCUGUAUUUUUUUUUUUUAUUCUGUGUUUAAUAAUUUAAAACACUUUUACAUAAAACUUCACUGACUUCGUUUUAUAAUAUAAAUAUUGAUUGUAUUAUACAGUAUGUGUCUGCAUCUAAAAAGCAAAGGGGAAAUGUGGGCUUCCCAUUGUGUCAAGGUUUGACUUGACAGUUUGUACUAAAAGCCAGUCACGUUGUAAAGACACUAUAGUAAAUGUGUCGGCUUCGGUUGCCUCUGAGAUACAGAAUCAUUCCUUUGUUUGCCAGUUCAGUGUGAGCUCUCUUUCUAGCUCCGUUUUGUUCUCCACCUUCUCCUCAGAAAAAAAAAAAAAAAAAAAAAAAAGAAAACUCUAGCUUGGUUGUGAGCGUGCAUCAUUGUGCUCAUGUUGAGUGGAGACGAAAUAAAGCUGACGCCUCUCUGCUGGUUCGUCAAUACAAGCGACUCUAUAACUUUGCACGAAGUAUUUGGUCUUAAAACACAUUAUUAUUACACAUAGCCUCACCAACCAGUUUUCCUUUCCUGAAAAUAAUGAUUUAAUUUGUGCAGUAUUACUGACUGAUUUCUGAUUUCCUAUGUUAUUUGCAAUAUCAUUCUGUAUUUUUUAUUUUUUUUUACCAUGUUUUAUAUUCAACGUUUUGGCUCAUAAUACUUUAUAUUAUAUGUGUACUACAGGUAAAUGUAUACACCGAUCAGGCCUAACAUUAUGACCACCUUCUUAAUAUUGUCUCCUGUGGUGCCUGGAAACAGGAUUCUGUUAGUCGGGGCCUUUUGUGUCCUAUGAGUUGAGUCUGCCUUGUUCCAGUGCAUCCCACAGAAACUUUUCAUCAUGUUUUCUAAAUCGUUUUUUUUGUGUCUGCUGCCGUCAAGGAGUGUCGUCGCUAUGGGGUGGGGGUGCCUGGUCUGGUCUAGGAGGGUGGUGCAUGUCUAAGUAACAUCCACAUGAAUGAGAGGUGCAAAAGUUUCCCAGCAGAACAAUGCACUGCCACAAGAUAAAUGUAUAGGUAAAUAUUAUUCUCUUCUAACUCUCAGUGGUCAUAAUGUUAUGCCUGUCGGUGUAAAUGAGUACGCCAACAUAUUUGUCCGAACAGAUAUCAAGUCUAUAACAUGUAUUAUGCUGUAUGGUAAAGCGUUCUGCUCGGUAAUGCCAGAGUCGUGUAAGGUUAGACUUCAUCUGCAGCUCUUAAGAAACACAGCUGGAGCUGCAUGGGG